AUGCAGCGUCACGAUGGCCUCGAGUACGUGCCGGCCAUCUUCGGGGGGCAACCGCCUCACGCCGCCGAGGCGAUUGCACUAGUCCGCUUCUCUCAAGAGCAAACCACGUGGAAUCUUCCGAUCAUGAUCGCGCAGACGUUGCUGGUUGGCGAGAUCAUCCGCACCUAUCCAGCCGAGUUUCGCAUGUUCCACCGACUGUACCAGCGCAAGAAACCCAACAUGGCCGAGAUCUUUUUCGUCCUCAUCAAGUACCUCACCCUCACGGCGGUGGUGUGCGACAUUCUGGUGAUGGACACGUUGGCGGCGAAAUCGGACGGACAGUGUCGAUCGUGGUCGUGGACGGCGUCGACGCUGUACUUUGUGUGUUCGAGCUUGGUCUUUUGCGUCAUUGGGUGGCGGGCUAGGAUUGUGUUUCGGACGUCUCGGUUGGCUAGCUAUUUGCUGGGUGCUGGAUUGGCCGUGCAGUUCGCUAUAGCGAUGUGGACCAAUUACCGCGUCGACAAGGCGGAUGCGAUCACGCCGGCGGGUAGCUGUGCUCCAAGCACCCAAGUGCACGGUUCGUCCGACGGCAAUCCGGCGCUCACCAUCCGUUUCUGGCAGAGCCACACGUUCUGGUACCUCCUAUACAACUGUUUCUUCGAGACGAUCGUGCUGGUGGCAUGCUGUCUGCAGCUCAGACGCACGUCGAGUGGCCCCGGCGGCCUGACGCGCAUCGCCAAGGUGCUGUUCCUCAACAACGUGCACUACAUGGUCGGCGUCGAGGCGUGCAACGUGGUGCAGCUGAUCAUGCUGUUGGGCUGGACGUCGAGUUUGCCCCCCGUGCACGUGACGAGCAUUGCGAUCCAGAUCGUCGUCGGUCUGCAGAUGCUGAUUGGCGAGCAAGAGGCUGUGUACAGCCCUGCCAGCUCAAGGGUCACGUAUUCGAGUCGGACGCUGACGUCGAGCAAUGGGCACUGCGAAAAGCCCCGCCAUGGUACCAGCCCGAGCAACGUGACGUUCGUCUCGCCAGGUCGAUCGGUCUCGUACGUCAAGCGACCGGAUACCGCCACCACGGGCACAGACGCUACGUUCACCACCCUACCCGCUCGCAAGGGCACCUUCUCGUCGUUCAGCUCCGUACCGGCUUACGUCAAGAGCUGCGCCGAGGAGGAAGCGCCGCAAGUACCUCCCAAAUCGUCCGUCUUGGUCAAGGAGGAGACGCGCGUGUCGAUCGAGGCGUCCCCGCUCUACGCCCAUGAUGGCGCGCUCCCCUAG